AUGCAGGGCCAAAGUAAAGGCCACGAAGAAGUAGCACAACCUACUCUAGAAGAGGUUUCGAGAUUAAGAGCAUUGGCCCAGCAGAAUUCCAUGGAGAUACUAAGAGCUGCAGAGGAGCGCUACAACCAAGCAAAACAAAUGGCGAACCAAGGACUCGGUGUGGCAUCCGAGAGGGCCGCUCAAACGAAAGAGACGGUCCUCCAUGGCGCUCGCGCCACGACUGAGUACGUGGCGGACAAGGGUGCGGCUGUCAAGGAGACGACUGUGGAGAGGGGCCAACACGGUCUUGCAGCCGCAAAGGAAACCGUGAUCAGUGCCGGAAACACUGCUAAGGACUACACCGUUCCAAAGGCAGAGCAAGCUAAGGACUACGCGAUGCAAAAGGCCGCGGAAGCUAAGGAUAAGACGGUGGAGAUCUCUAAAGGAGUCGCCAGCUACGCGGGAGAGAAGGUGGUUGCCGCGAAGGAUGUGGCGGUGGAGAUUGGCAAGGGCGCGGCAGAGAGUGCAGGGAAAGCGGCUGUGGAUGUCAAGGAGAAGGCAGUCGUGGCAGGGUGGGGAGCUGCUCAUUACACCGCGGAGAAAACGGUGGAGGGAACGAAGGCUGCUGCUGGGGUCGUUCAGGGAGUUGCCUUCUUGGCGGGAGAGGUCGCUGUAGGUGUAGGACAUAAGGCAGCAGAGAUUGCUGCCAAGCCUUUGGUUGCAGCGAAGGACGCGGCUGCUGCUUCCGGCGAAAAGGCCAAGGAGUAUACAGCCAGGAAGAAAGAAGAAGCUGAGAGAGAGUUAGAAACCCAGAAGUUAGCCGAAAAGCAGGAAACAGAAGGGACUGAACAGACCAAAGGUGUAGUGUCACAAGCCAAAGAAAUGGUGGAAGGAGGGGCUAGAAAGGCGAAGGAGACUACCCAGGAAACACUUAAGGGAUCGACCGAGGAGGGAAAGGUAGGGACCGGCGAGACUGAGGAGCAGUCGCCUGGAGGCGGUGUAGUGGGAGCAAUUGGCGAGACUAUAGCGGAGAUUGCGCAGACAACCAAGGAGCUGGUGGUCGGCCAGGAUGAGCAAGGAGCCGAAGAGGCGAACCUUGAUUUGUCGGCCUUCUCGACCGGACAACAUAGCAAGGAAGGAGAGCAUGAGCAAGAGCGCGGUAAAUAGGGGUUGGGGA